GCGCGCUCGCUGCGCGUCUAUUGGAAAGAUGGCGUCCAAAAUGUUCGGUGGUCUCUGUUGAUGUUCCUGCAGACGCAAGUGACGAUGGCCACCAAGCCCGUCGAGUGGGUUUCGUCGCUCAUCACGCGUUUCGAAGAACAGCUGCCAUGCCGGAGUGGGCCCCAGACAACCCAUUCCCGGAUCAACGUGGAACAGAACAAGGAAUGCCUCAUCAACAUCAGCAAGUACAAGUUCUCCCUCGUCAUCUCGGGGCUCACCAAGAUUCUCCACUCGGUCAAUGAUGUGUUUGUCUACCAGAGGACGCACAGUUCAAUCCAGCCAGAGUUUGAGAAGAACUUCUACGAGUCGCAGCUCAUUGUGCUGGAUACACUCGAGAAAUGCCUCAGCAGGCAACCUAAGGAGACGACGCGGUACGACGAGACCAUGAACGUCAAGGCACUGCUCCGCGAGCUCUGCCAGUUUAUCGACAUGCCGGAUAGCCCCAUGGUGGUGCCACUCAAGAACUUGGCCUCCAAGGUUCUCUUUGCGCUGAGCCUCAACAACUUCAACGCUGUCUUCAACCGCAUAUCAGGCAGGCUACACGAGCUCUCCAAUGCCAACGAGGAGACGACAGACUUCAGUGACAUCGAGCUCAUCCAGCACAUCAAUGUUGACGUGGCCAGGCUAAUCAAGCUGCUGAAUGAGAUCAAUUCCAAGUUCCGGUCAUUGCGCAAGAAUGCCCAUCUCUGCCUCAUGAGCAGCCUAGAGAAGGCAAUUUGGAAUUGGAUGGACACCUAUCCGCACGAGUUCAUGGAGCUACAAAACAAGCCCAAUGAUGAGCUGGCAGAUGCGUGCGACCGCAUGUUCGAUGUGCUGGACAGCUUUGCGGAGAACAACAAGCGGCGAGCCCAGGCCUGGCCCCUGCAGAUCAUGCUGCUGGUCCUGUGCCCUAUCAUCUUGGAGGAAAUCGUGAAUGCUGACUCUGGGGCCCCCUGCUCACCACGCCAUCUGAAGAAAAGGCAAUUCAUCGACAAUGUCAAGAAAGCCCUGGUGCCUCACGGGACCAGCAAGCAGCUGACGGAAGCUGCAGCCGUGACGUGUGUCAAGCUCUGCAAGGCGUCCACCUACAUAAACAUCCUGGACAGCAACAACGUCGUCUUCGCCCUCGUCCAGGUGGUCAUCAACGACCUCAAGCUGCUGCUGUUCAACCCAGCCAAGCCAUUUGUGCGCAGCCAGGCCACAGUGGCCCAGGACGUGGAACUCAUGACCGACUGCUUUGUCUCCUGCUUCCGCAUCAAUCCACACAACAACGAGGCGCUCAAGGUGUGCUUGCACGCGGGUGGCCCCACGUGGACGUACCAGCACGUGCUGCUGGGCUCCCUGCUCCGGGUGGUGAGCCAGCCUCGGCUGGCCUGGUGGCCCCAGGUGGACCUGCUCUACUCCAAGGCCCCCGAGCUGCGGCACAUGUUCACCGAAACCCUGAACCGCGUCACCCAGGGCUUUGUGUCGCACGGGGGAAGCUCCUCGGGGGGACCCGCCAAGAUGAUCCCGAGCCUGACCCUGAAGGAGAAAGUGAGCACGCUCAAGUUCAAGGAGAAGACUGAGGAGCAACUCUCGUACAAGAACCUGCUGCUGCUCAUGGUCCGGCUCAUCCAUGCCGACCCCAUGCUCAUGCUCAACAGCCAGGGCAAGGCGGGCCACGAGGUGCAGAGCAGCACGCUGGAGCUGAUCAACGGUCUGGUGUCGCUGGUGCACCAGCCACCCAGCAUGCAGGACCUGGCGCAGGAGGCCAUGGAGGCCCUGCUUGUGCUGCACCUGCCCGAGCACAUUGAGCGCUGGAACCCCGAGGCACCCAUCAACACCUGCUGGGACCUCUCCUCACAGGCGCUGUUCUCCAUCUCUCAGAAGCUGAUCCAGCACCAGAUCAUCGGCUACACAGACGUACUGCGAUGGCUGCGUGAGGUGCUGCGCUGCCGCAAUGCCUUCCUGGCGAGGCACCGCGAGUACGCCAACUUGGGUUCCCACGUGCCAAUCUGCAAGCAGGCCCACAUCAAGCUCGAGGUGGUCUUCUUCAUGUACCUCUGGAGCGUUGACAUCGACGCUGUCCUCGUGGCCAUGUCCUGCUUUGCCCUGCUCUGCGAGGAGGCCGACAUACGGUGCGGACAGGACGAUCUGACCGUCACCUAUCUGCUGCCAAACUACCACGUCUACCAGGAGCUGGCCACUGCCAGCACGGUGCUCACUACUGGUCGAGCAGUGCUGCAGAAGAGGAUCAUGGCCUUGCUCAGGAAGAUAGAGCACUGCACCCAAGGCUGUUCCCUGGCCUGGGAGGACACGUUCAUGAACUGGGACGCAGUGACCAAGCUGCUGGUCAGCUACCCCAAGUCCAAGCUGGAGGAAGGCCAAAUGAUCUGCGAGUCGCUGCACCGCACCAUCGGCAAGCGGCGUGCCUCUCACCAGAGCACCGAGCACGAGCUGGAGGACCAAGUAAAUGAGUGGGCCAACAUGACGGGCUUCCUGUGCGCCCUCGGGGGCGUGUGCCUGCAGCGCAGGUCGCCGUCCUCGUCCUCUCGGGCGCUGGUGCCCGCCACCAGGUCGUCCCUGUACGGCGGGGGAGGGGGAAGCGGCACUCUCACCUCUCUGGACGCUCGCACCAAAGGGGGCGGAGCAACGGCCGGGGUGGCCGGAGGAGGCGGCGGGGGAAUGCUGACGCCGGGACAGGACAUCCAGUUCUGCCCAGUCACGCAGUUUGUGGGCCAGCUGUUGCGUCUGCUGGUGUGCCACAACGAGAAGUUUGGCACCCAGAUCCAGAAGCACGUCAAAGACCUGGUGGCCCACGAGAUGAGCCCGACCCUGUACCCGAUCCUGUUCGACCAGAUCAAGGCCAUCGUUGAGAAGUUCUUCGACCCCCAGGGACAGGUGACUGUGAUAGACACCAACACGCAGUUCAUUGAGCACGUCAUCUUCAUCAUGAAGAGUGUCUUUGAAAACCGAGUGGACCACACCACAGAGCACCUGGGAGUCACUAGCAUCGAGGCCAUGAUGCUCACCAUCGUCAGGUACGUGCGACACCUGGACACGACGGUGCAUGCGCUGCACAUCAAAACAAAGCUGUGCCAGCUGGUGGAGGCGACCAUGGCCCGGCGGGACGACCUGGCCUUCCGCCAGGAGAUGAAGUUCCGCAACAAGCUGGUCGAGUACCUGACCGACUGGGUGAUGGGCAACAGCCACCAGAUGGCACCUCCGGGCUGCGGGGAUGUGACGGCCAUCACCCGUGACCUAGACCAGGCAUGCAUGCAGGCAGUGGCUGCCCUCCUGCUCGGCCUGCCCUUACAGCCAGAGGAGAGCGACCGGGGAGAUCUCAUGGAGGCCAAGUCACAGCUCUUCCUCAAGUACUUCUCACUCUUCAUGAACCUGCUGAACGAGUGCAGCGAAGCAGCACCCGACGAGAAGGACGUGGGCCGCCACCGGCUCCAGUCGUCCAAAUUGGGCGAACUGCGCACCUGCACCAUCCAGGCCAUGUCCAACCUGCUCAGUGCCAACAUUGACUCUGGCCUGAUGCACUCUAUUGGCCUGGGCUACCACAAGGACUUGCAGACACGAGCAGCCUUCAUGGAGGUGCUCACCAAGAUCCUGCAACAAGGCACCGAGUUCGACAUGCUAGCCGAGACAGUGCUGGCCGAUCGGUUCGAGCAGCUGGUCCAGCUGGUCACCAUGAUUGGCGACAAGGGCGAGCUGCCCAUCGCCAUGGCCCUGGCUAGUGUGGUCAUCACCCCGCAGAUGGAUGAACUGGCCCGUGUGUUUGUGACGCUGUUUGACGCUAAGCACCUGUUGUCACCACUGCUGUGGAACAUGUUCUACAAAGAGGUGGAGCUGUCGGACUGCAUGCAGACGCUGUUCCGGGGCAACAGCCUGGGCAGCAAAAUCAUGGCGUUCUGCUUCAAGAUCUACGGGGCCUCGUACCUACACAGCCUGCUGGAGCCCCUGGUGCAGCCCUUGCUGCUGCUGGCCGACGGACCAAGCUAUGAGGUGGACCCGGCACGAGUGGACGACCACGAGGACGUCGAGGAGAACCGACGCUCUCUGCUUCAACUGACGCAGAAGGUCUUCAACGCCGUCAUCUCCUCCUCGGACAGGUUUCCUCCCCAGCUGCGCAGCAUGUGCCACUGCCUGUACCAGGUGCUCAACAAGCGCUUCCCCAACUUUCCACACAACAUCAGCGCUGUGGGCACUGUCAUCUUUCUGCGAUUCAUCAACCCGGCCAUCGUGUCCCCUUACGAGAUGGGCAUAGUGGACCGGCAGCCAUCGUCACGUGUCAAGAGGGGCCUGAUGCUCAUGUCCAAGAUCCUGCAGAACAUCGCCAACCACGUGGAGUUCAGCAAGGAGCAGCACAUGCUACCCUUCAAUGACUUCUUACGGGCCAAUUUCGAAGCUGGUCGCAGAUGGGUGAUGCAGAUCACGUCCGACUGCGAGUCGGUGGAGCCCGGCAGCCACAGCAUGUCGUUUGUGAGCGACGCCAACGUGCACGCCUUGCACCGGCUGCUGUGGAACCACCAGGAGAAGAUCGGCGACUACCUGUCGAGCUCGCGAGACCACAAGGCGGUCGGGAGGCGCCCCUUCGACAAGAUGGCCACCCUGUUGGCCUACCUGGGGCCACCCGAGCACAAGCCCAUGGACUCGCAGUGGAGCAGCAUGGACAUGACGAGCACCAAGUUCGAGGAGAUCAUGUCCAAGCACAACAUGCACGAGAAGGACGAGUUCAAGUCCAUCAAGUCACUCAACAUCUUCUACCAGGCGGGCACCUCACGUGCCGGAAAUCCCGUGUUCUACUACAUUGCCCGCAGAUACAAAAUUGGGGAGACCAAUGGCGACCUGCUCAUCUACCACGUCAUUCUCACUCUGAAACCUUUCUGCCACAAGCCGUUUGAGCUCAUCGUUGACUUCACGCACACUUGUGCUGACAACCGGUUCAGGACGGAGUUCCUGCAGAAGUGGUUUGUCGUGCUGCCGGAGGUUGCAUACGAGAAAGUCCAGGCCGCGUACGUCUACAACUGCAACUCGUGGGUGCGCGAGUACACCAAGUACCACGACCGCAUCCUGGCGCCGCUCAAGGGCAACCGCAAGCUGGUGUUCAUGGACACCCCGCAGCGGCUGCACGAGUACAUUGAGCCCGAGCAGCAGCGACUGCCGGGUGCCACCCUCGCCUUGGACGAGGACCUCAAGGUGUUCAACAACGCCCUCAAGCUCUCCCACAAGGACACCAAGGUCGCCAUUAAGGUUGGCCCGACAGCCAUCCAGGUGACCUCUGCCGAGAAGACAAAGGUGCUCAGCCACUCGGUUCUCCUCAACGACGUCUACUAUGCUUCCGAGAUUGAGGAGGUGUGCCUGGUGGACGACAACCAGUUCACGUUGACCAUUGCCAACGAGAGUGGCCCACUGUCCUUCAUCCACAACGACUGCGACAGCAUUGUCCAGGCCAUCAUCCACAUACGCACCCGCUGGGAACUCUCACAACCUGAUUCAGUGACGGUGCACACGAAGAUCCGACCCAAGGACGUUCCGGGCACGCUGCUCAACAUGGCCCUUCUCAACCUGGGCAGUUCGGACCCCAACCUGCGGACUGCUGCGUACAACCUCCUGUGCGCACUCACCGCCACCUUCGACCUCAAGAUCGAAGGGCAGCUGCUGGAGACUGCUGGUCUGUGCAUCCCGUCCAACAACACCAUCUUCAUCAAGCAGAUCAGCGAGAAACUGGCGACCAACGCGUCGCACCUAACGCUGGAGUUCCUGGAAGAGUGCAUCCAGGGCUUCCGGGCGUCGUCCAUCGAGCUGAAGCACUUGUGCCUGGAGUACAUGACCCCAUGGCUGCCCAACCUGACUCGCUUCUGCAAGCACUCGGACGACAGCAAGCGCCAGCGGGUGGCCACCAUCCUGGACAAGCUCAUCACGCUCACCAUCGAGGAAGUGGAGAUGUACCCUUCCAUCCAGGCCAAGAUCUGGGGCAAGAUCGGACAGGUGUCCGACCUGCUGGACAUGGUCCUCGACAGCUUCAUCAAGAGAAGUGUCACCGGUGGCCUGGGCUCGGCUCAGGCCGAGAUCAUGGCCGACACGGCUGUGGCUCUGGCUUCCUCCAAUGUCCAGCUGGUGGCCAUGAAAGUCAUCAGCCGCCUGUGCAGGGUGAUAGAGAAGACGUGCACGUCACCCACACCCACCCUCGAGCAGCACCUCAUGUGGGACGACAUCGCCAUCUUGGCACGCUACCUGCUCAUGCUGUCCUUCAACAACUCGCUGGACGUGGCCAGCCACCUGCCUUACCUGUUUCACAUCGUGACGCUCCUGGUGCACACUGGGCCGGUAUCCCUGCGGGCCUCCAUCCAUGGCCUGGUCAUCAACAUCAUACACUCUCUGUGCACCUGCACCAAACCUUCCUUCUCAACGUCCUCCCGACUGGUGUUUGCAGACACGCAGCGUGUCCUCAGGCUAAGCCUGGACGAGUUCUCGCUGCCCAAGUUCUACCACCUGUUUGGCAUCGGCAAGGUGAAGUCGACGGCAGUGACGGCCUUCCGGUCCAACUGCCGGCACGGCCUGCUGGACAGGUCCUUCGCUUGCGCCACAGCCGACCAGGAACGCAUGCCGCUCGCUUACCUUGAGAUCAUCACUGACGCCCUCCUCGAGAUCAUGGAGGCGUGCAUGAAGAACCUUCCCAGCUGCGACUGGCUCACCCAGUGGACGGCACUGGCUAAGAGCUUUGCAUUCCGCUACAACCCGGCCCUGCAGCCUCGGGCCCUGAUUGUGUUUGGCUGCAUCAGCAAGGGGGUGACAGACCAGGAGGCCAAGCAGCUGCUGCGCGUCCUCGUCAAGGCACUCGAGGCUUUCCAGGACUUGCAGCUGAUCGAUGCCAUCAUCAUGGGCCUGACGCGGCUGCAGCCUCUCCUGCGACCAGAGUCGCCCAUCCACCGGGCCCUCUUCUGGGUGGCCAUCUCGGUGCUGCAGCUGGACGAGAUGGCCCUGUAUGCCUCGGGACUGGCCCUGCUCGAGCAGAACCUGCACACGCUCGACUCGCAGGGCAUGUUCGACACACCACCUAACACCCUUCGGCACAUCAUGAUGAGCACCCGGGAGCCCCUGGAGUGGCACUUCAAGCAGCUCGACCACUCUGUCGGGCUCAGCUUCAAUUCCAACUUCCACUUUGCACUCGUCGGACACCUGCUCAAGGGUUUCAGGCACCCGACGGCGACGACGGUGUCCCGAACAGCACGGGUGCUCAGCAUGCUGUUGGGUAUCGUGGCCAAGCCACACAAGAGGGACAAGUUUGAGGUGACCCCAGAGAGCGUGGCCUACCUGGCUGCGCUUGUGUCGGUGUCAGAGGAGGUGCGCAGCCGUUGCCACCUGAAGCACCGGGUGUCGACGCGGGUGGCGUCGGAGGCCCUGGCACAAACACCGCCCAGCCCUGUGCCCACUUCCCUGGGGACGCAGUCGGCGUCGUCUUCCUCGACCGCCAUUGCCGGCGCUUCUUCUCCGUCAGCCACAGGCGCUGCGGCACCCAGUCCGCCAACCUUCCUCAUGCCAGCUGGGGGCAGCAGCAGUGCGAACCAGCUGCACCCUCCCCCUCCGUUGGGCCAACAGCAGCAGGGCGGCCGGCGCCAGAAGUCCUGGGACCUGCUUGACCAGAACGCCCUGGCACAGGCACGCCUCGCCAAGCAGGGGGCCCAGGGGGGAGGAGGAGGACAGUCUCCGCAGCAGCAGCAGCAACAACAACAGCAGGGUGGUGGGGGCACACCACCUGGCCCUCCAUCGUCGAGCAAAGACCCCAAGUUCUGGCGUAGCCUGGACACUGGCGAGGGUGGAGGCCGUCCUCUGUUCCGCACCCAACGGAGCAGCUCCAUGCCGACACCUCGCUCUCAGAAGGGCCCACCCGGCACGGCGGAAGGGGACGCUGCGCUGGCACCCCCGCGCUCGUCUCGCGUGUCCGUCUCCAAUGAGGACAAUGUCCUGCUCGACCCCGAGGUGCUCACGGACUUCCCCACCCAGGCCCUGGUGCUCACCGUCCUCGCAACCCUCGUGCGCUUUGCGACGGAUGAAAAUGAGACCCGUAUCCUGUACGAGUACUUGGCCGAGGCCUCUGUCGUCUUCCCCAAAGUGUUCCCUGUCAUUCACAGCCUGUUGGAUGCCAAGAUCACGACGGUGCUGUCACAGAACCACGACCACAUCAUCCUGAGUGCCGUGCAGUGCAUCAUCCAGAACAUGAUUGCCUGCGAGGACAGCAGCCAGCAGCAGCUGCACUACUUGCAGACCUGCGGCUUUGGGGGACUGUGGAGGUUUGCUGGCCCCUUCUCCACGAGCCAGACCAACUUGGACAAUGCCGAGCUGUUUGUCAACUGCCUGGAAGCCAUGGUCGAGACGAGUCUGCCGGCCGACGAGGGUGAGCUCAGCCAGUACCCGAGCUCCCUGUCGGUGGCCUCGGCCAUCAACCUCUCCUCCUCCAUGAGCAGUCUGACGCUGGCCUCGCCCACCGACAAGGACGGCGGGGCCUGCUCGGACGGGGGCGGGAGCGCACCCACGCCCGGGUCGGGUGCCCCGCCCGACCGUGCCCGCUCGGCCUCCCAACUGUCCAAGCAGCGCAGCUUCAAGUGCAAAAACCCCAGCGGGUCGGGGGCACCCAAGAGCGGACGCACUUCGCACUGAAGGAACAUUGCAUUUGUGACCGUUAAUCACGGGACCUUGCAACGAUGGCUGUGAUGUGAUUACCUUUCGUUGGACACCAUUACUCCACGGUGCCAGGCGAGGAUGUUCUCCGGUCUGCCCUGUGAAACCCAGCCUACGCUCCUGGGAUGGGACCAAGGUGUCUGCUUCCGACAACAUCCCACCGCGCACCACUAGCCGGGUCACCUGCUUCGUAUCGAGGCUGCUGCAGUCUCGGUGACUGCACCAUAUCUGGGUCGCCAGAUCUCUCGGGAACCUAGGGCAAGUGAUGUCUCAGCCUGUGGUUCAAGGCUGGCUUUAAUGUGUGAGGCAACCAUGGGCUCGACUUCGAUGGUUUCUUCUGCACAGAGGCCUAGAUGGCAGCGUGGUUGUGUCGUGAAAGACGUCUCUGUUCGUAUACCGAUUGGUACAAUGGCCUUGACAGGGCCAUCCAGUUGCGACCUAACUUGUGACUGCUGUGUCAGUGGCGAGGAAUUGGGCAGCACAUCUUCCAUUCCGGUAGCUUUAGUCGUGAUAGCUGCUGCACGCUCGUUGCAGUGUGCAUCACAUUGCCAUAGAACCACGUGCGAGAGCUUGACACUCUCGUCCUUUACGGGCUGCUUCGUGGUCUGACAGUUGUUCCUGUCAUUUCUUUCUAGCUCCACUCGUUUGACAAUAAUCGGAACUUCACUGCUAGCUAGCCCAGUCAUCACGGCACUUUGUCACCUGCUGAUGAAACCUCCACGUGACACUGUGGCUAGCGUCCUCGCAUUCCCCACAGCAGUCGCAGCUCCUCGCGACACACUAAUUUUAACGGAUGUGCGGCUCCAUAAUCUGUGUCUUGCGGCAGCACAGCUGCAGGUUCUGAACAGCUGUCUAAUGAAGAAGCAGCUUGUGGUGAGUUCUCUCAUGGCAAGCUGGAUUGGAGUGUAUGGUACCUCGUCUUGAAAGACACAUGCGCAGAAAAGUGUCUCCCGGCCUCUGUUCGGAGAAUCUUCUCUUUAGCAUCCACAUUUGUGGCGCUCUGGACGCAUUCCGGAGGGCUGCAGUUCAACUGCUUCAGUAUGGAUAAGAUCGUGACCAUUCGCAAUGAUUAUGCAAGCCUUCCUUUCUAGGCAGGUGAGGCCAAAAGUUCUUUUGUGAACUUAACAACAGGAAGCACAGUGUGACAGACCUCUGCAUUUAGCUCGAACUCUUGGGUCAAAUAUGUUGCUCCCUCGAAAUAGCUUUACGAAGGACAAGGACCAUCGCUUGAAAACUCUGCCGUUCUGAGGAUGAUCUGGUCUGGGGAGCGCACUGACAAUGCUCUAGAUCAAUAAGUUCAUUCUGUUAUCUUUCGAGAGAAGCUCGGGUUGAUAUCCGAUACGCUUGAAAACAAGUUAACGGAAGUGAAUCGUUCCGAUUGCUGGCAUCUUGCACACUGGAUUUCUUUUUUUCAGGACUGACAAUCGCCGAGGGUUCUUUCCACGUACCCUGUGAUUCACGAAGUGAUGCGAGAGCUUGACAUGAUUCGGGUCGUUAGGCGACCGAUAUGUAAAGAAAAAAAACUCAGUAGUGAAAUGGCCAAACAGUGUGCUGUGCAAAUUUCUGCAGUGCAUCCCUCUCAUAGUGCGGUGUUAACGGCAGUUAUCCCAGCUUUGUGUGAUUGGACAAUGGCAGCCACGUUGUUAUCAAUUGGCUUUGAUGUAGAAUGCGUUGAGUGAGGAGCGGCCGAACGUUAAACAUUCAGGUCACUCUUGGGUACUUGCGAGGAAGGCUGCCCACACCAUGCAUUUACAACUCUGGACAUUUCCAUUGGAAUAUGAGGACCAAUGCAUCCUUUAUUUUAUGCAUGAGCAGGCAACGCUACGCCACUUCUCUUGCCUUCCGCUUUCACAAACACGAAGCAGGGCAUCAAAUAUGGGAGAAAGACACGUUGAGUAUGUGUGAUAUAAUUUCGAUGCUCAUGCCUUCACAUCGCGAUAUGUUAUGUAAUUAUGACGCAGAAGGUGUUCUAGGUGUGAACCUAUUUACCUCCGAGCGACGGGCUGGUACAUUUCAGCCACAGUGAACAGUGGGGAUUCAUGGGGCCAAAACUCUGAUAUCCCAAAGAUGCACAGAGAAUAUGUGACUUGACAUAACCUCAUGCUAAGUUUUAUUUGUAAUGUGUGAAGCACAGUUACACCUCGAUAUGAUGAACUUCAAUGUAACGAAAUUCUCUAUAUAACAAAGUAUUUCAGUCUUUUUUUAAAUGUCCAUAGUACACCACUUAUAUUUUGCUCAAAUAUAACGAAGUGUGUUUAUCCAUAAUUUCAUCGUAACAAAGUUUGAUCUCUAACCAAAGAGGAAUUGCAGGCAGUAAAUUGAAGCUUGUGAUGAUGCCAGCGGUCAUAUUGUUGACUUGCACGCGGCUUUUGUCAACGGACUUUUCAAGUCGCGCACUACGUGACCGAGUGCAGCCGCCGCAGCAGGGAAGCGUUUUCUGGCAGCACAGUGCAGAAACGUU